CGAAAACAACUGCUCUCUGAACCGAGAACUCCAGCCUCCUCGUCCUCAGUUUGGUUGCCAGUGCCAUAGCGAAGCCUUGAGAGGCAAAUGCUGCUACAUGUUCACUGUCUUUGUGCACGCACUUUCUUUAUAUUACUGCUUCACAUAAAGCUCAAGCGCCACCGAAAUGCCACGCGACUUCUCCUCCUCCCUUCUUUUUCUGCCCAAGGCUUCCUUUAUAAACAUAUCCGGCGCGUGCUGGCUGCUGCUACGACUGUCCCGUUGUCCGGCUGGGCAGGUGCAGACUGCAGAGGCAGACGAAGAAGAGAAGGUAGAGCAAACUGCUGAAAGAGAUGGAGCUGGACUCGGGAUCAGAGCAGUACGGGUGCGCGCAUUACAAGAGGAGGUGCAAGAUCAGGGCGCCGUGCUGCGGCGAGGUCUUCGGCUGCCGCCAUUGCCACGACGAUGCCAAGGUCGAAACGCUUCGCGUUACUUCUUUUCUUCCCCUGAGGUUCUGGAACUGCUCAGCGAGGUGUUUUGUUUGCUUUGUUCCGGCGCAGGAUUCAUUGGCUGUCAGCGUCCGCGACCGUCACGAGAUCCCUCGCCAUGAAAUCAAGCUGGUCGGUGUGUUCUUGGCCCUGUUCCUUCCUCGGUUACUCUGCUUCCUGGCGGCGUAUCCGGUUAUCUGCUCGCUCUGCAACAACGAACAGGAAGUAAAACAGGAUUGCUCAAACUGCGGGGCGCGCCUCGGUAAAUACUUCUGCGGAAAAUGUAACUUCUUCGACGACGAUGUAUCGAAGAACCAGUUUCACUGCGACAGAUGCGGCAUAUGCAGAACCGGCGGUGCAGACAACUUCUUUCACUGCGAGAAAUGCGGGUGCUGCUACAGCUUCGUGCUGAAGGAUUCCCAUCGCUGCGUCGAUAGGGCAAUGCACCAGAACUGCCCUAUAUGCUUCGAGUACAUGUUCGAGUCGGCGAGAGAUAUCAACGUGCUGCGGUGCGGGCACAUGAUCCACGUGGAAUGCCUCCGCGAGAUGAGAGCACAUCGACGGUUCUCGUGUCCCGUUUGCCUCAAGUCCGCCUGCGACAUGUCCGAUGCCUGGCAGAAGCUCGAUCGACAGGUCGCGGCGUCGCCGAUGCCGGCGAUUCAGAAGAAGAUGAUAUGGAUCCUGUGCAACGACUGCGGGGCGGCGUCGGAGGUGCAGUUCCACAUCUUGGCGCACAAGUGCCCCGGCUGCAGCUCCUACAACACCCGCCAGACCGGAUGACGGCCUGAAAAUGCUGAAGACGUACGACGCUGUAGCCUGCCAAAAGGGUCCCCGUGUGCUACACAUCAAUUACAUUGUUCUGUGCUGUUGUGUGCUCGUUAUACGCUUGCUGAAUUCGGUUCACUAAGACAGGAAAUCUCACUCUCAAAUCUCAGUGAGCAUUAGCAAUUCCCGUUAUUGUUAUUUUUUAGCCAGCAAUACCGUGUAGCCGUACCUGAUUGCUCUAUUGGACUGGGCUGGGCUGGGCCGGGACGCAAUAAGCUGGCCCUAGGUAGUAGUACUGGGCUUCGGAUAUCGCAGUUGGCCCGUAACUUUCGAUGGA